AUGAAGGUUCAUCAAGGAACGUCCGUCUUGUGCACUGGGGCAGGUUCUGGCAUUGGUCGAGAGACGGUGCUGGCGCUUGCAAAGCUAGGUGCAGAUGUCACAGUGGUGGAUCUUUCAGAGGAGGGCGGCAGAGAGACUGUCCGUCUAAUUGAGGAGGCAAGGCAAACACUUUCUGGCAGACAAAGUGGCGGGCCUCCGGCGGCCAUUUUUGUCAAGUGCGACGUCACCAAACCAGAACAAUUGGUGGCUGCGUUCAAGGCUCAUCUCAGCACUUACGGCAAGCUAGACAUAUGCAUCAACAAUGCUGGGAUAAUGGAGAACACGCGCUUUUUGGAUGAUGCCUCAGAAAAUGGGGCAGGGGCCUGGCGAAAAGUCGUGGACAUCAAUCUGACGGCCACCAUCGAUGGAACGCGGCUAGCCCUGCGGGCCAUGCUGGAGCGCAAGACGCCCGGCGCCAUCGUCAACAUUGCCUCAGCCGCCGGCCUCUACCCCACCCCCUUUGGGCCCAUCUAUGCUGCUUCCAAAGGCGGUGUCGUCCAGUUCACCCGCUCGCUGGCCCACUUCUCUAAGAAAGGCAUGCGAGUCAAUGCCCUCUGUCCCCUCUACAUCCAGACCCCCAUGUCAUCUCCCGGCGUUGGAUUGAUCAAGUCCUACUUGGACGAAGCUGGGGGGUACAUCCCCAUGCAAACUGUCAUAGAUGGGGGGGUGGUCCAGCUGACGAGAUCAUUGGGUCACUUCAAGAGAAAGGGAGUCCGAGUGAACGCUCUGUGCCCCGAGUUCAUUGACACGGCCUUGGGGAAAAUGGCCGAGGAACACAUCGGAGCGCAUCUCAAGUCGGUGGGGGGCUUUAUUCCCAUGUCGGUCGUAGUAGAAGGCAUCCUGGAGCUCAUUGAUGACGACAGCAAGGCGGGGGAAUGCAUGCGCAUCACGAAUCGGACGGGGCGAGACUACUGGCGGCCGAAAAACGUGGGGCCGCCAGCGAGGGGGCAAGGGAAACCUGUGGCUGCAAACCUUCCAGCGGAAACCCGGAAGAUUGUCGUCCACACUCUGAGCACGGACUUCCGCUCCGCCACGCGGCUAGUGUCAGAACCCAUGCCGCGUCCUGCCAAGGGGACCAUCCUGAUGCGACACGUCUACGCCGGCAUCAACGCAAGCGACAUCAACAUGAGCGCCGGGCGUUACUUUGGCAGCCACGAGAACGCGCUCAAGAUGCUGCCGUUCGCUGCCGGUUUCGAAGCCGUUGGAGAAGUCGUCGCGGUCGGGGAAGGCGUCAAGGACUUCGCCGUGGGCGCGCCGGUGGCCACGCUCUCGUACGGCGGCUUCGCAGAGUACUCACAGGUGGAUGCAAAGGUAGCCAUCGCCGUGCCGGAGAUCUCUCCAGAGUUGGUUGCCAUGCUGACGUCAGGUCUGACGGCUUCCCUUGGACUCGAACAGGGCAAAAUGGGCACCGGCGAGACGGUUCUGGUCACGGCGGCUGCGGGCGGCACCGGCCAGUUUGCGGUCCAGCUGGCGAAGCUGGCGGGGAACACCGUGGUCGCGACGUGCGGGGGCGCGGAGAAAGCGGCCCUCUUGCGGAGCCUGGGGGUGGACCGCGUGAUCGACUACCGGACAGAGGACGUCGGACAGGUGCUCAAGACGGAGUUCCAACAAGGUAUGGACGUCAUCUACGAGUCGGUGGGCGGCAAGAUGUUCUCCACGUGCGUCAACGCGCUUGCGCGCGGCGGCCGCCUCGUCGUCAUCGGGAUGAUGUCACAGUACACGGCUGACGCCAGCAAGGGCUGGGCGCCCUCGCAGCAGACGGGCCUCCCGGAGAAGCUGCUGUGGAAGUCGCAGCAGCUCAUCGGCUUCUUCUUGGUGCACCACACGCGGGACUACCGCAAGCACCUCGCCAAGCUGAGCAACCUGCACCGAAGCGGGCACCUCAAGGCCUCUUUCUUAGCAGUACAGAGGACCCUCGCGAUGCAAGAGCGGAUGUGGCGAUCGACCCCGUGCAGUUCCGGGGCCUCGAGUCCGUGCCGGAUGCAGUGGAUCACCUACAAGCGGGGAAGAGCUUGGGCAAGGUCGUUGUCACGAUUGCGAAGAAUGCGCAGCGGAGUUCAAAGCUGUAAAACACUCCUGCGGAAGGCGUCGCACUUGAGAGAUCAGCUACGUGCCAGUUUGUACCAUACUCGUUAUCGAGGUCAAGGCACAAGUUUUGACAAGAGGUAUUUCGCAAGCAUAUGGCACACGAGUAACCAGAGGACUAACUUUGCCCCCGAACACUGUCAAAUAGACUCCAAUUUGAAAAGGCCUCGGCUUGGUUUGAAUGCAACGGGUCGUGCGAGUCUAGCCGGCUUGAACGGAAAUUUCAACCUGACGGUCAUACGCACGGAACGUCAUGGUAGAGAUGCGAUCGAAGUGAAGGGACUCAGGUGUUUACAAGAACGGCUCCCUUCCAUAAUGUCUAUCAAAGACGGCACCGUCCAACAUUUCAAAGCAUAUGGGAAGAAUCUGGAUUCAAUCCGACGGAACGCUCUCAACGUCUUGCAAUAA